AUGAGCGUGACCUCGCGUGUGUUUGGCCUGUUUACGACGACAGAGACAUCAUCCUCGGACUCCCCUGCGUCGGCCGUAAUUUCGAAAACCACCAGUACCGACGAACAUGUCCCCUAUGGCUCCAGUCAGGUGAAGGCCGAUAGGGACGCCUAUGCGCAAGAUGCUGCUUCCAUAGCAGACGAGGAGGAGCCUCGCCCUCUGUAUUUACAUGCAAUGUUUGCCGGUGGUAUUGGUGGGACUUGCGGCGAUAUGCUUAUGCAUUCAUUAGAUACGGUCAAGACAAGACAACAAGGCGACCCACACAUACCUCCCAGAUAUACCUCUAUGACCUCAUCGUAUGCGACCAUAUAUCGACAGGAAGGGUUCUUUAGAGGUCUCUAUGGUGGCGUGACACCGGCGCUUUUGGGUUCUUUCCCCGGUACAGUCACCUUCUUUGGGGUUUAUGAAUUCACUAAGCGGCGCAUGCUGGAUGCAGGUGUCAAUGCCAACGUGGCGUAUCUGUGUGGAGGCUUAUUCGCGGACCUGGCCGCUUCCAUUGUCUUUGUUCCUUCGGAAGUCUUGAAAACUCGGUUGCAACUGCAGGGACGAUAUAACAACCCGCAUUUUAAUUCUGGAUAUAAUUACCGCUCCACCACAGAUGCUUUUCGCACGAUCAUUCGGCAAGAAGGGUUUUCUGCGCUUUUCUAUGGGUACAAAGCGACCAUAUUCCGCGACCUACCUUUCUCUGCUUUGCAAUUCGCCUUUUACGAACAGGAACAUCGGAUGGCUAAGGAGUGGGUUGGGUCCCGGGAUAUUGGCCUUGGUCUAGAGAUCCUAACUGCGGUAACGGCCGGUGGAAUGGCCGGUGUGAUCACUUGUCCAAUGGAUGUUGUGAAAACUCGCAUACAAACCCAACAGAACCCUGAUCGUACGAGUCCAUCUAAAGCCGCGGGAGAACCUGCGUCAAUUAAGGAGAGUCCCCGACAGUAUUCCCCCGCCCAUACGACCUCGAGUUUACGGACACACUCGCGACCCAUGACGACGCCGUCGACCUCGAUGCCGCCGCCUGGAGCCCCUCGUCUGGACACUGCGUCAUUCUUCACUGGGUUAAAGAUGAUCUACCAGGCCGAAGGUAUUGCGGGGUGGUUCCGUGGCGUUGGCCCUCGUGAUAUUACGGCACCACCACCGGAGCAGGUGCACAUUGGAUGGAUAAACGCUUUGCCUUAUUUGCAGAAACUACGCAAGCCCCAAUUAGCGGACUGGGCGGAUGCUACUGAUCUUCAAAACUACGAGGAAUACAAUAAGCCUGAGCUUGCUGCCGCUCUUGAUAGACAUCUCCAGACGAACCAGUCGAUCUUCCAAAAUGACGGGCGACUCGCAGAAUACUACCGUCGCCUGUCGCAAAGUCCGCGCAUAGUGUCGCCCAUCAAGAGAGAGUCCAGGGUCGAAGCUACCCCUUCUAAGGUCGAGCCUCUGAGGUCUGCGCGUCGCGGUAAGGUUAAAGCAAGGGGAGAGAGGGCAGAGACCGAGCAGUCAGACGAGUCUGAGGAGCCAUCUCAACCCACCGCGCAAACUCCCGGCCGUAGUCUCAUGAGUGUUCGGCCUCCAUUGCCUCCGUCGCCAGCUGUUGUCACCGACGCGAUUGACCGCCAAGCUGCCGCCUGGAACAGGACCAUCAGUGAUGCGUGGUCCAGGUCAGGGAUUCAGGAGCACACGCACUCGGUGCGCUCGACCUUGAGCAGCAUGAAAGCUGUCGAAACCCUGGUAGUGGCACUGGAGUACGUUUGUCUCGUCAGGGAGCUCAUGCCGCUACGGUUUCUUGUAACCGUUCCAGCGGUAGAAGCGAUCCAUACACCGGAUUUUGCGAUCAAACUUCCUGACCUCUUCAUCUUGGUGGAUGGCGCAUUCUGGGCCCCACUCUCGCUAUGGGUACUUACCAGUGUGCUCCUGCCAUUGAUGGUCGCUUAUUUCUUCAACUUGAGCCAACAAGCUGGUAACGGCCCUGCCCACAGCACGCGCAGAGCCCGUCCUGCGCAGUCUACUUUCGACCCCCUGAGCUUCAACAUCGCCAAGGCAUUGAUCGCAUACCUAGUGUAUGCGAAUCAUUUUAACUUCUGGAAUCUGUACGGCAACUUCUCCAUUGAGAGAGUAAAUGCGUCUGUUCCUGGACGUUGGCCAGGGAUUUUGACAGGCGCUGCAAUUGGGGUGAUCGGGACUCUGUACGAGGCCAUCUUGAAGAAGUAA